UUUGGUAGUAAUCUUUGAUCGGUUGCUUUUUUGUGAUAAACAUAUUAAACUCCAUAUUAAAAUAUGUCGAAAAUGGGAACACGUCUAAGUACAUGAGGAGUUUUUCCUUGACGUCGCAUGCGAAUAUUUGACAGCAAGUUAAAUGGCGUCACAGUGGAACUUAAUCGUUGCCGUCGGAGCGUUGCCAAUUUUGACUGGCCCCAAAAAAUGGAGCUUGCGACUAGAGGAGAAAGGCGCCUGAUGGAGGACAUCCUUGAAAGAGUCCAGCUCCAGCACCCAAUAAACAUGCAUAUUAGUCCGAUGCCGGUGAACUCGCAGUUCGUGCGCCCAUUUGCCUUGCAAAGCGAUCAAAUGAAUCAACGAUACUUGCAAUUUCCGUGUCGACUCUUUAUGCGAGUGCAUCUCGGAAUGCUGGAAAUGAAUCUGGACCUGGAAACGGAGACGGAGACGAUGCCGGAGCCGGAGCUGGAGCUGGAGGAGUAUGACAGCGACAGCGAGAGCGGAUGCAGGAGCUUACCCAGAAAGCACUCAAGGAGCUGAGGGGCGGAAUGAAUGGAGCACUCGUACGGAGGUGGCUGAAUGGCGUGAAUUCAAGAAAACGAAGUUUCGG